GGCAGGAAUGUUGAGUUCUGAGGUUCUGUGUGACCUCUGAGGUCGUCUAACCCAUGUACCGAAUGCGGGUUCUAGGGUGGAUUUCCCCUGGAACACACAAGUCUGCAGCCAAAACAAACUGGUGCUGAUGGUUUGCCUCUUGCCUCCGGUCUCCACGGCCGCUUCUAGACAGCAGCUGGGGGACCCUCGCUGCCCAGGGGGAGGAGCGGAGGAGUCCUCCGGCCCUCCCACUGGCUAUAAGACCGGAGGCAGACGGAAACACUCAGACAGCAAGCACACGUGGAGCAAAAAGGCAAACAGGGAGAAGGACGGGCGAGCAAGAGAGAGAGAGAGAGAGGGAGAGGGAGAGUCAAACCGCUGCUUCAGUCUGGAAGCAGUUCUUGCAACCCAAGCAGACAAUUAUAGGAACAAAAGACUAAAAAGCAACUCAGAGGGGAAAAAGACAACAAAUCCGCAACCACCCUCCAUCAACAUGCCAUUUCAAAUUUUGUUUUCAAAGGAUUAAAUGGAAGAGGAUCCGACCUUUGGGAUUUGAAGUGUUUUUGAAACAAACCCAGAGAGAAAAACAAGCGGGACCUGUGACAGGCGGCGACGGAGGUCGGGUCACCGAACGCUGACUUAACCCCGGCGCGCUCAUCUCUCCACACAGAACCAAGGCAGCGCCGUGGACGGAGGACCGCCGCCUCCCGUGGCUCAGCACAGUCUGCACUGAGAGAGAGAGAGAGAGAGAGAGAGAGAGAGGCCCCCAGCUCGCUGGACCCACACCGGCCUCGCCGCCGCCAUGACCUUCGCCAUGCUGCGCACGCCCCCUCCCGCCGGCCGCUUCCUGUACGGCGACAUCGCCCUCCUCUCCGAGGACGAGGACGACAACGGCAGCGAGGGCUCGGGCUCGGAGGAGCGGGGCGGCAAGUCGUCCGCCUUCCGCCUGUCCUCCUCGUCGCCGUCCGCCUUCCACAUCAAGGUGAACAGGAAGAGGAAGCUGUGCGGCGGCGGCGGCGUGGACCCGGGGGGCGUGGCGGUGAGGCACGUCCCCGUGGACACGUCUCCCCCCGUGCAGGUCCACCAGAGGACGGCGGCCAACGCGCGGGAGCGGGACCGCACUAACUCCGUCAACACGGCCUUCACCGCGCUCCGCACGCUCAUCCCCACCGAGCCGGCAGACAGGAAGCUGUCGAAGAUCGAGACGCUCCGCCUGGCCAGCAGCUACAUCAGUCACCUGGGCAACGUGCUGCUCCUGGGAGAGGGCCUUCACGACGGACAGCCCUGCCACGCUCCCUCGCCGCCGUUCUUCCACGUUAGCUCCUCCCCCAGCCGGGGAUCUGACCAAUCAGCUCAGCCUAAGCACAUCUGUACUUUCUGCCUCAGCAACCAGAGGAAAAUGAACAAAGACAGAGACAGGAAGUCGGCCAUCAGGAGCUAACAACUCAACCCACGCGCACGACGCUCACGCUUCCGGCGGUUUAUUCCCGCAGCCCGAGGACUUGUCAGACUCGUGAUGCCAAACACAGACUUCUGCGGGACUUCCACAGCACUUCCAGGACUUUUGCAAGAGCUUCACCUUUUGUUUUUUUGUUGUUCUUUUUUUUACGUCUGUAUCAUUUCACAAGAACUUUUUCUUUCGGAGAGUGUUUUCAAAUGUAAAACGCUUCUCAGUACUUUUAAAUGGCUUUUACAUUCUUAUUAACUCCAUGAAAAUGCUUUCAGCGACACUUAUAAGAGACUUUUUACUGUAUUGUUCAAAGCCUCAUCGACUUUUCAAAGUCUGAGGAACUUGUGGCACAUGAUCAAAAACACAACACCUAUGAAAAAGAAAUUUGUAUUCAUCGAAAGCUGUUAUUAAUGUGUAAACUGAAAUAUAAAUGUAUAUUUAUGUAACAUAACAUUAUAUAAUGAAACAAUGUUAUUUAACAGGCAUAUGGCGUUCUUAAAUACGGAGGCGGUACUAAACAUUGGCUGUUAGAACAGUUCAUGGCAUCAAAGAACACGGAAAGUUUGUGGCAUUGGUUGUUUCUAAUAAUCAUUUCCGAAAGUGUCCUAAUGCUGGAAAAUAACUCAAGAUGACCAAUAAAUUUUUUGUAUAUAUGGAAGGAGAUUUCAUUCAUAUGUCAGUGGUAUUUUGAGCAGAUCUCAAAUUCUCCCCAGUCCCAACUAAUAAACAUAAAAGUUUCCACUGUUACCCUGUCCUCUGCCGCGGAGGGUUUCUCAAUACCAAGCCGUGCUUUUAUUGUACUCGUGCUCAUUCGGGCACUUAUUUUAGACGAGAGAUAAUUUGAUCUCAAUUAAAUGACAGCCCUGCAGAUUUUCACUGCGCGUACAGUACACCUGUGCCUCAAAUCAUCCUAAUUUGUGCUCGUAACCUUGGCUCGCUCUCCCUCCCUCUCUCUCUCUCUCUCUCUCUCUCUCUCGCACACGCUCCAUAUUUCUUGCUCGCUCUCUGUGCUUUUCUGCGGAGGGAGGAAAGAUUAGAGCCGACAGAGACAGCGAGCGGCAGAAGAUGAGGCGAACAAGAGGGGUCUGAGGAGCAGAGGAGCAGGAAAGGAGGGGGCCCGAUCGAAUCUGCAGGUACGACUACUUGGACAUCUGCUGGUGUCCCCUCGCUGUCCUCCUCCUUACCUUUCCACAUGCUGUCUCUCUCUCUUCCUCUUCCUACCUUCUCCCUCGAGUGCCACAGACCCGAGUCUGGUUGGUGAUGGCUUUAAAGCGUGUUUAGCCACACACAUUUGUCUGUCCGUCCUUUUUCCUCUUUUUGUUGCCCUGCUGCUUUUUCUUUUUCAGAGUUUUAGCAAAGCAGAAAUGUCCCUUUAUACUGAACACUGUCCAUUGUUCAUAAUAAAUACCU